UUAUUAAAUUGACAAGUAUUUACGUGCGCUAAGUUCCUCGUCUUGGUUUUGUGGUAUCUAAGAGAGAAAAUUACUUUGAAUUUAAUAAAAUAAUAAUUUUCGCAGUUCCUCUAUAAAAAAGCUAUCAAAAUGUCGUAUAUGUUACCGCAUUUACACAAUGGCUGGCAAGUGGACCAGGCUAUACUAUCAGAGGAAGAUCGUGUUGUUGUCAUACGUUUUGGCCACGAUUGGGAUCCUGCUUGCAUGAAAAUGGACGAAGUCAUGUACAGCAUUGCGGAAAAAGUGAAAAAUUUCGCGGUAAUUUAUUUGGUGGACAUCACUGAGGUGCCCGAUUUCAAUAAGAUGUAUGAAUUAUACGAUCCCUGCACAGUAAUGUUUUUCUUCCGCAAUAAACAUAUUAUGAUUGAUUUGGGUACCGGCAAUAACAAUAAAAUUAAUUGGCCACUCGAGGAUAAGCAAGAAAUGAUCGAUAUAGUUGAAACAGUGUAUAGAGGAGCACGCAAAGGACGUGGUCUGGUCGUGUCACCAAAGGAUUAUUCCACUAAAUACAGAUAUUAAAUAAUCGCCAGUUUAGUAUUAAUGAUUUAUAUGUAAAAUUUAUACAUAAAAUAUAUACAAGCAAUGCUCUAUGUAACUUUAA